AUGAUGAAGUACAUUCUGGUAACCGGAGGAGUCAUCUCAGGUAUUGGCAAGGGUAUCAUUGCGAGCAGCGUGGGCACAAUCCUGAAGUCCUGCGGCCUGCAUGUAACUGCCAUCAAGAUUGACCCUUACAUCAACAUAGAUGCAGGCACAUUUUCACCCUAUGAGCAUGGGGAAGUGUUUGUGCUGGAUGACGGGGGCGAGGUGGACUUGGAUCUGGGCAAUUACGAACGUUUCCUUGACAUCCGACUAACCAGAGACAACAACCUGACCACUGGCAAGAUCUAUCAGUCGGUGAUCAACAAAGAGAGGAGGGGAGACUACCUGGGCAAGACUGUGCAAGUGGUGCCACACAUCACAGAUGCCAUCCAGGAAUGGGUGGUGAAACAGGCCAAAGUGCCGGUUGAUGACGACGAUGUAGAACCUCAAGUUUGUGUUAUAGAGUUAGGAGGCACGGUCGGAGACAUCGAGAGUAUGCCUUUCAUUGAGGCCUUCAGGCAGUUCCAGUUUAAAGUGAAGAGGGAGAACUUCUGUAACAUUCACGUCAGUCUGAUACCACAGCCCAGUGCAACAGGAGAGCAAAAGACCAAACCAACCCAGAAUAGCGUCAGAGAGCUGAGAGGACUGGGUUUGUCACCUGAUCUGAUCAUGUGUCGCUGCUCCACUGCUCUGGAGAACUCCGUCAAAGAAAAGAUCUCAAUGUUCUGCCAUGUAGAACCUGAACAGGUCAUCUGCGUGCACGACGUGUCAUCCAUCUAUAGAGUACCGUUACUGCUGGAGAACCAGGGCGUGGUGGGCUACCUGAGCAGGAGACUCAAUAUGCCCAUAGAGACUAAACCCAGGAAGAUGCUGACUAAAUGGAAGGAGAUGUCUGACAGGUCAGACAGGCUGUUAGAGCACUGCUCUAUAGCGCUGGUUGGGAAGUACACCAAGUUCUCUGACUCCUAUGCUUCUGUCAUCAAGGCCCUGGAGCACUCAGCACUGGCCAUUAGCCAUAAAUUGGAGGUUAAGUAUAUAGACUCAGCGUAUUUGGAGCCAAGCACUCUGCAAGAGGAACCAGUGAAAUACCAUGAGGCAUGGCAGAAACUGUGCAGUGCUGAUGGCAUCCUCGUUCCUGGAGGAUUCGGUGUGAGAGGAACUGAAGGAAAGAUCCAUGCCAUCAACUGGGCCAGGAACCAGAAGAAACCUUUUCUAGGUGUGUGUCUUGGAAUGCAGCUGGCUGUGUGUGAAUUUGCCAGGAACACACUCGGCUGGAAAGAUGCCAAUUCAACUGAAUUUGACCCAGAAUCAAAGCAUCCUGUGGUUAUCGAUAUGCCAGAACACAACCCUGGGCAGAUGGGGGGAACCAUGAGGCUAGGGAAGAGACGGACCAUUUUCAAGACCAACCACAGUGUAUUGCGCAAGCUUUAUGGUGAUGCAGAGUAUGUGGAUGAAAGGCACAGACAUCGCUUUGAGGUUAAUCCUGAACUCAAGAGUCACUUUGAAGAAAAGGGCUUCCGCUUCGUAGGUCAAGACGUCGAAGGAGAAAGAAUGGAAGUCAUCGAGCUGGAUGACCAUCCGUAUUUCGUUGGAGUACAGUAUCACCCCGAGUUCACCUCUCGCCCCAUCAAGCCAUCACCCCCCUAUCUCGGUUUGCUGCUUGCAUCUGCAGGGAAGCUGCAGGGCUACUUACAGAAGGGCUGCCGUCUGUCUCCACGGGACACAUACAGUGACCGGAGUGGCAGCAGCACCCCAGACUCUGAGAUAUCGGAGUUGAAAUUACCUUCAAUCACAAAUGAAUGACCUGGAGGUACACUAGUUACUGAUGAAUUGACAAUUUAAUCCCCCUCCCAUGUUGCAGGUGGGAUGGGGAUUGGACUCAAGUGCUGACCAAGACCAAUGUUUUCACUGUAACUGUCAAGAUCUAGAGUGAACUGUUAAUAAACCCAUUCCCUGCAUUGCUCAGGAAAUCAGCCCCUUUUGUGAGAGAUGCAGCUGUAAUACCACUAUCAGAUGUUACUAUUGUGGCCUUAUUGUAAAUGAGUACUGCUUCACCCCUUUCCAGCUUGUUCAAAUAUGUCUUUAAAAUUUCCUUGACAAUGUUAACAGGAAGUGAAAUAAACUGAUUCAAAAUAAG